AUGCGCCUUCCUCUGCUGUUGUCUGGUUUGGCCGCCAUCACUGCGACCGCCUCUGCCGGCUCCUCGGCACCAAUCUCGGUCACGGUUCAGCAGAGCGUGCACGUCGGCAAUGCCAUCAAGUUUCAAUGGACGGGAGGAGCCCCUCCGUACACCUUGAAGGUUUAUCUGAACGACAAGGUUGUCUCGCAAAAUCAGGGCUGGUCCACCAACUACGUCCAAUGGCGAGCGAGCGCAGACCAGGUCCCUGCAGGUACGAGCGUGCGCGUGCGCGUGACGGACAGCAGCGGUCAGACGGUGAUGAGCGAGCCGACAGUGGUCGAGGGCGACGGCAAGUCCGCCUCGACCAAGAAGGCCGCCGUCGACACCAAGUCCCUCAUGGAUGACCCGAACAACGGCUUUCGGACCUCGGACAUUGCCGGCGCGCCAACGGGUCAGAUUGGCGGAGGAAUGCUUUCGGCAGCCGUAAUGCCUUCGGACUGGCAGCCUGGCCAAGAGUCCAGCUCGUCGACGGGGACCGUUACGCUCAUGUCACUGGCGUCGGCUAGCCUAUCUGCCUUCAUGGCGAGCGCUACAUCCAGCGCGACUAGCGGAGACUCGGCAGCCAUCACGAACGCAUUGGCUUCGACAGCAGCCACAGCCUCUGCUUCGAGCGCCGUCACUACUGACAUCUCCAAUGCUAUCGGCUCGACCACGCCGACCGAUCCAGCUUCGGCUGCCGCAAGCUCCGAUUCAGGCGUAUCCUCUUCUUCGUCCUCGUCGUCUUCGGAAGGGCUCAGCACCACCGCUAUGAUCGCCAUUGCCGUGGUCGUCCUCCUCUUGCUUGCAGCAGGCGGCGGCUUUUGGUGGUGGCGCAGCAAGCAGAAGGACGAUGCCAAAGAUCAGCAGCACCAGCAGCAAUCCGGCGCGGCAGGCAAAGGCCGCUCGAAGCGCAAGUCGCGUCGCAGCGGGAACUCGAGCGAGUCAGGCGGCGACGAGGAGAAGCUUGUUGGCGGGAGAGGCGGCGGAGGCAAUCCCAGCGAUAGCGAGACGGAACCGAGUGACGGGGAAGGAUCGGGGAAGGGUGGCAGGCGAGGCGGCUCCUACCGAGAUGACCCUCCCACCGACAACGGCAGCGGGACAGACGACGAUGUGCAGCAGAGGCGCUCGUCGCGCAGGUCGCGAUAG